AUGGUGCCGGCAACCACAGGGAGUGGACUAUACAAUAUCAGAAGCAUGCACAAUAAUAAGUACUUGUCGCAUCUUGCGGAUGACCAUAUCUGGAUCACCGCCAUAGCUGUUGUACCAGAUGAGGAUCAAAACAGCAAGACGUGCACUCUCUUCAAGCCUGUUUUGGUUUUGCAAAAAAAGAAGAAGAAGAAGCCUGUUUUGGUUAAUCCUUUGGACUUCACUCAUGCAAUCAUCGCUCUUAGUUCUGGUGUACUGUUCAGAAUGCAGCAGCUUGGUUGUAGUUUGGCGUCACCUAGAGUUCCUCUUGCCGCUUCAUUUUCAUGGCUAACCUUGGCAACAUCAUCAUCCGCUUCAAUUGUGCAGGCGAAACCAGGUUGCCAAGAAAAAUGCGGUGAUGUUACAAUUCCAUAUCCAUUUGGUAUAGGUCCAUCUGAGAAUGGUUGUUCUCGUGCUGGAGCUGGAUAUCUUGCUUACAAUAUUACCUGCGACACCACUUAUCCAACUCCUAAACCCUUCAUAAGAGCCGGUCAGAACCUAACCUCAGGCGUUUAUAACAUGAUUGAAGUUAUCAGCAUAUCAGAAAAGGAAGUCCGCGUUAAGAGCAAGCCAGCUAUAAUGUGUUCCGACUCUGAAACCGGUGAGGUUAUUUUAAGCGAAUCUCCAGAUUGGAUGAACUUCAAUAAAACCCCAUACACAGUUUCAUAUACAAAGAACAGUUUUUUCGGGGUCGGUUGCCAUUCUUUGGGGUACCUUUUGGAGUCACCUUUGAUGAUCAACACAACUUGUCCUACAGUUUGUACCCCUACGGAAAAUUUGAAAGAUGGAUCUUGUAAUGGAACUGGGUGUUGUCAAACAACAGUACACAAUGUAUUAAGGAGAUUUUUGAACGUAAUUGAUUCAUCGCGUUCCAAGAAUGUGGGUACGCUUACUUUUAAUCCCUGUAGUUAUUCAUUUAUAGGCGAAUCUGAUAAAUACACGUUCAGUGUAUCGGAUUUGACCGUUGCGAAUUUUAAAAAGAAGGCGAAAGAUAUACCGAUUGUGCUUGAUUGGGCAAUUGGGAACAAGGCAUGUGAUAAAAUUACACCGAGGGAGUUAGCCAGUUAUGCAUGCCAGGGAAAUAGUACUUGUAGCAAUUCUGACAAAGUUCCUGGGUAUCACUGCAUUUGCAACCCAGGUUUUGAGGGGAAUCCUUAUUUGAUCCCGGGAUGCCAAGCAUCCUUGGUCGUUAAUGAAGGCGGGACUGGUUCUACGAACAAUGUACCGCUCAAAAAGACAUUUCCAACACUAAAAGCCGCUCUUGGUGUUGCAUUGAUAUUGCUAAUAUGUUUAAUAGCUGGGAGUAUUUGGUUAUAUUUAAGAAGAAGGGAAAGCAAAUCAACUAAACUUAAACGGAAGUUCUUUCAUAUGAACGGCGGUCUGUUGUUAAAACAGAAGAUUUUAUCGAAUGAAGGUGGUAUAGAAGGACCAAAGAUAUUUACUGCAGAAGAGUUAGAACUGGCAACUCAAAAUUAUGACGACAAACUAAUUCUCGGUCGUGGAGGUUUUGGGAUUGUUUAUAAAGGAACCUUGUCAGACAAGCGUGUUGUCGCCAUCAAAGUGUCAAAAGUAAUAGAUGCUAGCCAAAUCAAGCAAUUCAUAAAUGAGAUUGCUAUUUUAACUCAGGUUAUCCAUCGAAACUUGGUGAAGGUCUUGGGUUGUUGUUUGGAAACUGAGGUCCCUUUGCUUGUUUAUGAAUAUGUGUCAAAUGGCACCCUUGCCCAACAUAUCCAUAAUAACAAGGCAGAUGAGAUGGCUCCAACAUCCUACAUUUCCUGGAAAAAUCGUUUGAGGAUUGCAGCUGAAGCAGCUGGCGGACUUGCGUAUUUACAUUCGGGAGCUCCUAUACCUAUCAUACAUAGAGAUGUCAAAUCCUGCAAUAUACUAUUGAACGAAAAUUACACCGCAAAAAUAUCCGAUUUUGGAGUAUCAAGAUUGAACCCUUCGGAUCAAACUCAAAUAGAUACAAUGGUUCAAGGAACUUUAGGGUAUCUUGAUCCAGAAUACUUCCAAUCCAGUCAACUUACAGAAAAAAGUGAUGUAUACAGUUUCGGUGUAGUUCUUGUCGAGCUGUUAACUGGAGAAAGGCCCCUUUCUUAUGAGAGACCCGAUGUACAUCGCAAUCUUUCUUCAUAUUUUAUUUACAAAAUGGAAAAAAGCCACGUGUUUAGAGUUAUUGAUCCGCACGUAGUGACUACUGGGAAAUGGGAGCACGUCAUGGCCGUUGCAGAAUUAGCAAGGAGAUGUCUUAACAUGAAUGGUGUGGACAGACCUACAAUGAAGCAGGUUGCAGUGGAGCUAGAAAAUUUGAGUAAAUUAGACAUGGAUACAAAGAUGAGUGGCACCAGUGCAUCACCAGAGCUGACAAAUCUCUAUUCUAUACCAACAAGCUCUUAUACCUCAGGUGACUCGGCUCUAUAUAGCACAGACAGAGAUGUGAUCACGUCGAAGGAAAUGCUGCGGUAA